ACGCCAUCGGCCCCUUUCGCGACUGUCCCGCCUCGCGGGACGUGCUGGAGGGGCUGCUGCUGGGGCCGGUGGCGGCGGAGGCCGCCGCGCUGCUGUGCAGGGCGUCGCCGGCGCUGGCCGUGCCCGCGUGCGCCCGGGGGGCCUCGGCCGGCGACCAGAGCGACACCGACUCCGAGGCUUCCGCGGCGGGCCUGGAGGACGAGGCCGAGAACGCCGCCCCAUCCCGGCGGCCCGCGCCGCGGACCGUUGCCGCAUGCGAGGCGGCCCCCGCCGGCGGCGGCGAAGACUGGCGGGCGCGCGCAGCGCAGGCGUCUGCCCUGCUGGCGUCGCGCGGCGGCGCGGAGGCCGCGGCGGCCUUCAGCCGCGCGGGCCCCGAGGUGGAGCCGGAGGCGGACGAGCUGCGCUGCGCAGAGGGCAAGUGGGACCUGGAGGAGUUCAAGAGGCACCUGCUCGUGGACGCUUCCUCCGCUGACGACUGGCCAGUGGCAUUCCCAGGCGCGGGGCUCGGAGGCGUGUGCUUCCAGGCGGACUUCGAGGGCGCCAACCUGCGGCGCGCGCGGCUGCAGGGCGACGGCGCGUUCGAGCUGCUGCACUGCUGCGACACGAGCCGCGCGAAGCACUGCUCCUGGUUCUGCUUCGACGUCGAGGUCGAAGCGCCGAGGGAGCUGCGCCUGCACGUGGUGUCGUUCCGGGGCGACGCCUCGACCUUCAGCCAGGGCCGCAGGGUCGUCGCCCUGGCGGCCGGGGCGCCGAGGUGGAGCAGGGCCGGCCACGACUACGCCUACUGCCCGAACCGGUACGUGAUCGGGGGUCGCCAGCGCCACUAUUCGCUCUCUUUCUCGCUGCAGCUGCAGCCAGGCGCCGCUGCGCGACUUCGUUUCCCCAGCAGCUCACGGCUUGCGGAGGCGGAUCUUCGGAGGCGGACCGGACCCUCGAGGACCAUGUGA